AUGGGGCCGAAACUUUGGGCGUCAGGAGUGUACUCAAGGCCGAGAUGGUCCGAGGAAGAAGACGAGCGGGUGCUGGCCGUGGCUUCGGCGGUAGCCCUGGGGCGUAGUGGUGGAGCGCAUAUAGUGGGACGUGGUGUGGUUGCUCGACGACGGCAAGCCGUCAAGGGGCCAAUGGAGUGUGAGCGUGGUCACGAAUGUUCGGGGGAGUGCUAUAGAGCUGGAGGCCUAGGGACUGACGGCUCGAUCAAGAGGCGCAUGGGGAUCGAACGGGCACGUGGCUGGAUGAGGGGCCGGAGUCCAUGGUGCAGAUUUCGUCAAGUAAAAGAUGCGGAGUGGAAGUGGAACUGUGGAAGAGGAGGGCAAAGCCCAGAACAAAUAUUAGACAGGCAACCCGGUGUAGGAGUUCAUAAUCAGGCCAUACGACCAUAUCCAACAGUGAACAGAAACAUGACACUGCUGUUCGGGCAGCUUAAAGAGCAGAAGCAGGUAGUGAAUCUCUAUCUCCGGCAAAAUGAAUGUGACGGUAACGGUACCAGCUCGACGGUAACCGUCCAUCUCUGCCUUGUGGGGUAG